ACAAAGUGAACAUGAAUCCAAAAAGCAACACAUGCAUCAGUCAUCAUCCUCUUCCAAUAAGGAAGAUGAUGAAGAAUAUAGUUUGAAAAGAUGAUUUUGUGUGUUUCUCAGAUGCUUCGGGUCUACUUAUACAAUAUACAAGGUAUAUGUUCUUACCGGAAGAGAAUGAAGUUUCGGGUUUGAGUUGAAAAUACUCGUCCCGAUGUUAUUCUGCUUCAGGAAUUACAUAUGACUAGAUCAGAGCAAUUGGAAACUUUUAAAAGCAUUUUUAACGAGUACAACGUUAUGUGUAGCCUUGGAACAUGGCCGUCGGAUGAUGUCCCGGCAAUGUCAAGAAAGAGACACCAGGUGGUGGAUAGUGGAGCGGAUCACGCGGGUCGCUUUACUUUCAUCAAAUUGGUUGUUAGAAAUACGCCCAUCGUUUUUGUUUAUCAGUUUUCCUUUCUAGCUGUCAGUGAAUUUGCGUCAACCCUAUUUCUAAGUUACAUUUGCAGCCGAUAAUGUUCAACGCUAAACCUGAAUCGUAUGAGAGUCUCUGGAAUAGUAUUUGUUCUACUGUCCAUUUCAAAAUAGAAGGCGAAUGAUUGCGAGCUGGAUAACUCGAGAAUGCAGACAGCAAAUGUAACUUGCAAGAUGAAACCCAUGAAAUGGCAAAGCAGUCCAGACGAAAACUAUCCAGUUUACAAAAGAGUUAGCGUGGCCUCCAAGAGGGAAAGCACGGAAUCCUGAAUUCUCCUGGAUUUCGUAUUCGUUAGGAUUCCAAGGAUUCCAUUGGAUUCCCUAAGAUUUCAUAGGAUUCUUUUGGAAUCCAUAAGAUUUCCUUGGAUUCCAUAAGAUUCGGUUGGUUGCCAUAGGCCUCUUCCCAAAACAGAACAAAAAUGUUCGUUUUGGGGGGAACUGUUUUCCAAAAUACCGAACAAUUUUGUUCUGUUAUGGGAGAAGUGGAGAAUCCUGGAGUUCAGGAUUCCACCGGACUCCAGAAUUCCGUGAGAUUCCGUUUUACACUGACCUGUACAGUGAAAAACCAGCAGAUUGUGGAGUCUGGAAGAGAUUCUUGGCCGGUUUACCAUCACUCAGUCCUCAAAAUAUGGAUAAACUGGAAAAGCAAAUCGCAGUUGUAGAAUGCUAUGACGCUCUCAAGGAAAUGAAAACAGGACGAUCUCCAGGUGAUGACGGGAUUACGGUAGAUGUAUGGAGAGUAACAUUCCCCAUCAUUGGUGAAUAUUAUGUGAAAAUGAUCAAUGUUGCAUGGGCAAACCACCGAUUUCAUUCAUCUUAUUUACGUGCCAGUUUAACGCUGUUAAAGAAGGAAGGGUUUCCGGUCACUAUCAUUGAUGAAUAUCGACUACAAGAUACUCUCGAAGGUGAUUAG